AUGACUCUUCCGAUCGAAUGCUCGAGUGAGGACCUCAUCAAAUCCCUCAUCGCACUGAAAUCACAGCCCGAAAAUGAAGCAUCUCGAAGACUCCAGGUUGAGGUACUCCUCUCCGCCGUCCACUUCCAAGUGACGAAGAGACACAUGAUUGGGCCAUCAUCCCUAGACAUCCAAUCCCGCUCUGGGUCUUCUUACAUGGGUGUAUGUGCUAGUUCGACUAGGGCCCGUGCACAUGGACUUCUUGAAUGUUCUUUUUGGUAUGGAGUAGAGGACAAGAACAUCAAUUUCAUGGCUGUGAUGCGACCCUCGAAGAUUCUGGGUCAUGAGGGAAUAGGCUCAGAGAUAGCAGUCCUGACGGGUGAGCUCCAUGCCAAGCAGAGACGUCUGGAGAAAGAGGGCCGCACUGUAUACACACUUGCAACGGACGGUGAUCUCUUCAGGUUCUUCCGCAUAACCACGGAAGGCCAGCCGGGCGAAACACAAUGUCGGAGCGGAAAUAACUACCAGGAUCCCAUUUUGCUUCUCACGACGGUCUUUGACGAUGCUUUUAUUCCACCAGGAGCCCGCAUGAUACCCCCUACCACAUUGGAAGAUACUACUGAGAAAGAAUAUCACAAAAUUCAGACAUGCAUGGACCAAAUGGCUUUGCGAGUGGGAGUCAAGGUGUACAUGGAUGUGUUACAGAAACUGUCCAUCCGGCUCAACGACCAAGAGGGGAAAAAAUCCCUCAGGCUAAUCCCGCUGGUGAUAUCCAUCGCGAUAAAAAUGAUACACGAAGGCCAUUCCGGAAGCGGCAUUCUUAGUUACGAGACGGCAUUGAUGAGGAACUUUGACGCUGAGCUAAAGAAAGUGCUAGAGGCGGUCGACUUUAAGGACUACCAUGACAACCAAAAAGUGCUCAAGAAUGUGAUUCGGAAGGCAGCCCUGGAGGAAAUCUGGCCUGCGUUUGAGGAGAUACUCCAGGUGGCGCGCGGCAAGAAGUUGGAGAAACUUUUCAAGUAG